CAUUUUUUCUAAGGAAGCAACUUCAGAAACCACUAAUAGUAAUACUAAUGAUAACAUUAAUGAGUAUAACAAUAUCAGAUCAACACCAGAUAUUAAUUGGCUGACACAAUUCACUUGGUUAAAAUUUAAACACUCCGAUAACAAGAUCCUUAUGUUUUGUGAAGUUUGCAGUGGAA